UUUUUUUAAAGCAUCCUUAUAUUUUAUUUUAUUUAUUUAUUUUUUGGCUGCAUUGGGUCUUGGUUUCUGCACGUGGGCUUUCUCUGGUUGCGGUGAGCUGGGCCUACUCUUUGUUGGGUGCGUGGGCUUCUCAUUGCAGUGGCUUCUCUUGUUGCGGAGCACAGGCUCUAGGGCGUGUGGGCUUCAGUAGUUGUGGCUCAUGGGCUCUAGAGCGCAGGCUCAGUAGUUGUGGCGCAUGGGCUCAGUUGCUCUGUGGUAUGUGGGAUCUUUCUGGGCCAGGGCUCGAACCCGUGUCCCCUGCAUUGGCAGGCGGAUUCUUAACCACUGCGCCACCAGGGAAGUCCCAUUCCUUCUUCCUGUUUUGAUCUCUUACUUGUUGGGGGCUUCCCUCAAACGUGUGAUGGUCCUUGGCUGUCUGUUAAGAUCUAAUUGGAAGCAUCACUUGGACAACUCGUUAACUGAUGGGCCUCACUGCAAGGAUUUGGGGACGACGCCUCUGAACUCUGAGCCUGCCUUGGGUUCUUAUGACCUUAGCAAUAUAUUACCACAUAAAGAACAGAGAUGCAGAUAGAUCCUUGGAUAUUUUUGAUGAGAGAUUACAUCCACUCACACGAGAAAAGAUUCCAGAGGAAUACUUCGAGCAUGAUCCUGAACACAAAUUCAUUUACAGAUUUGUUCAUACUCUUUUUAGUGCCGCACAGCUAACUGCUGAAUGUGCAGUAGUAACUUUGGUUUACUUAGAAAGGCUUUUAACUUAUGCUGAGAUCGACAUUUGCCCCACUAACUGGAAAAGAAUUGUUUUGGGAGCCAUUCUUCUUGCCUCCAAGGUUUGGGACGAUCAGGCUGUAUGGAAUGUGGACUACUGCCAGAUCCUCAAGGACGUUACAGUUGAGGACAUGAAUGAGAUGGAAAGGCACUUCCUGGAGCUACUUCAGUUUAAUAUUAAUGUUCCUUUCAGUGUGUAUGCCAAAUACUACUUUGACCUUCGCUCCUUAGCAGAUGACAACAACCUGAAUGUUCUAUUCACUCCUCUUAGCAAAGAAAGAGCACAGAACUUAGAGGCCAUUUCCAGAUUGUGUGACGACAAAUACAAAGACGUGUGUAGAGCUGCUAUGAGAAGGUCUUUCAGCGCUGAUCAUUUCAUUGGUAUUCGGCGCUCCAAUGCCAUCCUCUCUUAAGGGAGAAGUGAGGGGUUGUAACAUCAUAAACCCCUCGAAACAAGGACUGGAGAAAUAUCACCUCUCCUGCUCAGAAACCAGCAAAGUUAGUAUUUUCACCUUAAAGAAAGACAUUGAAUUCAAGAGACUCGUGGACAAGCGAAGAUUAUGCUCAUAGGAAAGAACGGGACCUCGUCAAUGUAACACGCUCUUGUGUCCUUUUUAUUGUAAACAGAGUUACAAAAACCACUCCAAAGCUAAAAGCUCCCAAUCCACGCACAGAUAUCUGCUCCCAAUCCACGCACAGAUAUCUGAUAGCUGUGAACUAUGUGAGGUUUUUUAAUUAAUAGUUUAAAUUUUUAGACUUUAAAGACACUAACUAUAUAACUUCUAUGUUUUUCUUACCUCACUGUCCCAUACUGCUGCAUAUUCCUUUAGAAUCAGUGCAGUAUUACCAUCAAAAUUGGGACUCCAAAAAAAAAAAAGAAAAAAACAAAAAAAAAAAAAAAAGAAAAAAACAAAAAAACAAAAAAACAUGGGACUCCUAACAACUCAUAAAGCCAAACUUCGGAACAGACUGUCGUAGCAUCGUUAGGUUUUGCAGGGUUCUUCCUCCCUACUAUAUCAUUGAAGCUGCUAGUCAUUAUUGGCAAUCAAUUUAAACCAAAAAGCUGCUGAAUAACACAUGUCAUCCAAAUUCUUUGCAGGCAGUACUUAUUAGCAUAUUAGCAUGUUUGCGAUCAUAAACAGAGAAAGUAGGUUAUUUCCUUCUAUUGGGUCCGUGCUGCAUUUCUUGUUAACUAUAAUGGUGCUUCUGAUUUUGUGAUGAUUUUCCUCUGUGUUAUAUACUUGUAUUAAAGGAUAUUUUCAUAAUUCCAGCCAACAUGGUGGUCCAGUAAUUAACAAGCCGGUGAUGAAAUAGAAGGUGUCCCAAAAGUCUUACAACAAUUUUAAGCUUUAAUAUAGUGUGCUUGGAUACUCCAGAACACUGUCGCAGAAGUAUAAAUGCUAGACUGGCAAAACAUCACUUGAAACUUUAAUCGAAUUUCUUCUAAACUCAUUUACUUUUGUACAUUUUAAACAUUAAGCUUUUAUUUUUUAUUUUUUUAAAUUAAUUAAUUUAUUUAAUGGCGUGUUGGGUCGUUUCUGUGUGAGGGCUUUCUCUAGUUGUGGCAAGCGGGGGCCACUCUUCAUCGCGGUGCGCAGGCCUCUCACUGUCGCAGGCUCUCUUGUUGGGGACACAGGUUCGAGCCCUGGCUUGGGAAGGCCCGUGAGCCACAAUUACUGAGCCUGCGCAUCUGGAGCCUGUGCUCCGCAACAAGAGAGGCC